GAGUAUAAACUCUGGAAAAUGGAAAUGGCAUCAGUACCGCACAAGAAGGUUUUGCCGAUUUAGAAAAUUUUUGAUUUGUUUCUGACGCUAAUAAAAAAGAAAGCUCAAAUGGGUUGAACACUAAUAGAACCUCCACUUUUUCUUCAAUUCUUCUUCGAAUCAAUCACAGGCCCCAUCACCCAUAGUGCUCUGUCUUUCUUCAUCUCUCUCUACACGCAUGAUUAUAUCUGUUUCUGUAAGUAGGGAGAGGAGAAGGGAGAAGAUCUGGGGUCAAAUUUGAAUCUUUAUGGAGCAUCUUGUCAACAACAUUAUAAGACCACCCAGAGCUGAAUAUGACUCCAAAGACGAUUUAUUAGACGAAGAAUUCAUGCUUAAAGGAAAGUGGUACCAACGAAAGGAUUUGGAGCUUAAAAACAUUCGAGGCGAUGUUCUUAAAUGUAGCCAUUACACGCCAAUCAUCUGUCCCGAAGGAAAGCCAUUGCCUUGUGUAAUAUACUGUCAUGGAAACAGUGGUUCUAGAGCUGAUGCCAGCGAAGCUGCUAUAAUACUAUUGCCAUCAAACAUUACCGUUUUUGCGCUAGAUUUCUCGGGAUCUGGGUUGUCCGGGGGAGAACAUGUUACAUUGGGAUGGAAUGAAAAGGAUGAUCUUAAAUCUGUCGUUGAAUACUUAAGGCGGGAUGGGAAUAUAUCUUCGAUUGGCUUGUGGGGUCGAUCUAUGGGUGCUGUUACUAGCCUGCUGUAUGGAGCUCGGGAUCCUUCUAUUGCGGGAAUAGUUUUGGACAGCCCCUUCUCGAACCUGGUUGAUUUGAUGAUGGAAGUUGCGGGCACUAAUAAAAUACGGCUUCCCAAGUUCACUCUCAAGUUCGCAAUCCAAUUCAUGCGGAGAUCGGUUCUUAAGAAGGCAAAAUUUGACAUAAUGGAGUUGGACACAAUCAAGGUUGCAAGGUGUUGCUUUGUACCUUUGUUGCUGGGUCACGCUGUGGAUGACGAUUUUAUCCAGCCACAUCACUCCGAUCGCAUAUUCGAUGCUUAUAUGGGGGAGAAGAAUAUUAUCAAAUUUGAGGGUGAUCACAACUCUCAGCGUCCCCAAUUUUACUUCGAUUCCAUAAGUAUAUUUUUCAACAAUGUGUUACAACCUCCCGAUGAUGAUACGUUUUUUGACAUACCACCGGAUUAUUUUGGCAAGAAAGAUGUUGUAGCUAAUCCUGCCCCGUCGUCUUCAAACCCGAUCAGCUUUGAACUCUCUAACGGUGAUCCCGACGGUCCGGGCGUGCUUGCAUCGAUAGAUGACGAUGAGUACGUGGAAUACUUGCUCGAUAACUUGACAGAUUUUUCGGAAAGUAUGGAGGACGAGAAUAAGUUUCAGAUGAUCAUGGAAGCGGUGAAGGAGUCAUUGAAGGACUUGGAAACGAGACCUUCUCGUGCUGAGGAGCUUUCGUCGAGCACCAAACAACCGGAAUCACUCUCGGAUUACGAUUCCCAAGGCUCUACUACAGAACAGCCCGUGCCCUCAAACGAGUCUCCAACAACACCAUUAGUCACCAAUGGGCACGGUUCAACAUCCGAACUCCAGGUUGCUGAUACUAACAAAACGUCUGUUGACAACCCGAGUUCGGGUAGCAUAGACUUGGUUGAUCACACGAAAGUCACGGUGACAGUCAUAAAGAACCCGACAAGCAACAUCAUGAACGGUUUGUUGCGCCGUUGGGAUCUUAACUUCUUCAGAAAUAGAUGAGAUUGAGUGAGAGAGAGAGGGAGAGAGAGAGAGAGGGGAGGCUAUUGUUAAAACUGAUUGGUAUUGUAUAGUUUAGAAAGGUUUAACCCUGAGAGAGUAUGCAUAUUUUAGAGCUGAGAGAGAUGGAGAAAGAAGUGUUUGGGUGUGUCUGUGAAUCAUGUAUGGGGACUAAGAUUUUUGUUAGAGGGGAUUUUUUUUAGAGGGUGGCACACUAUCAUUUGUUGAGUUAAUUCCAUUUUUUGGUUCUAGAUUUAUAGGUGACAGUCCACUUUUGGUCCAUUUUAUUCCUUAUAUGAGAUAGACUCAUAUUC